GAGAAUCACUUCAGUUCGCACGAUGUCACUGAUCUCUGUACUGGAUUUGACGAGUCCGUUAAAGCUGUCGUCGAUUUCGCUGCAAAAGAGGCUUGUUUUGCAUUUGGAUUUUCAUUGGUCUUAACAUGUUACAGGGAUUACAUCUUGCUUCAAGGUGCUGCGUUCGCAUUUCUGUUGGCUGCAAUGCGGCAACGAGGAGAUCGUUUUCGAGACGCUAAGUUGACUGUCGUGAUUCAGUUGGUUGGAUGGGAGAAUAGCGCAAAGUUGGUGGAUUUAUUCGAUAAGGAUUUAACGGAAGUCAUCAUCCAUCCGGGUGGCCACUUCGUACCAACUCUUUCUGGAUACAAGGAAACCGUGAAUCGAUUCAUGCAAAUGGUUAUUAGUCGUUGUUGA